AUGGCGGACCUGGAGGCCCUGCGGGCCCAAUUUAUGGCCCUUCAGGCCGCCCCGCCGCAGCAGCGAAUCAGCGAAAGCACUUGUGUAGAUGUGCUGCAGCUGCUGCUGCAGCAGCAGCUGCUGCGGCUGCUGCCCAGCAGCAACGGCAAAGAGUUCAUCACCCCAGAGCGCCUCGAGCACGAGCUCAGACUCCUCAUCGCACAAAAGGGGGGCCGGGUGAACGUGGCGGAAGCAGCUUUGCUGCUGGGGUUUGGAGCAGCAGCAGUUCGGCAGCGGGCUGAAGACCUCUGCAGCAAAAGUGCUGCUUUGUGUCUCCUCGAAGGAGACAUUAUUUCCAACUCCUUUCUUGCUGCUGUUGCUGCAGAGACGCAGCAGCAGCUCCAGGGCAACGCGCUGGAAACAGCAGCAUUUGCUGCUCAUGUUACUGCAGCAGCAAAAGGCCUUUUGCUGGGGGCCAUUUCCCCUUUGUCUCUUGCUGAUGCAGCACAAGCUCUCAACUUGCCUUGCGAGAAUCUGCUUCAAGCAGCAAAUGAGCUCAUAGCCAAAGGCGAAGUUGCCGGAGCCAUUCAGGCCAAAGUCUUCACCCCAGGAAUCUUCUCAGCAGCACAAACGGCACAGGGCUGCCAUCCGGUGCGGGGACAAGGCCUUUUGCGCAAAGUGCUUGCUCAUGUGCAGCAGCAGCAGCAGCAGCAGCCGCAGCAACGGCUGCAGCAGCGGAAGCAGCUUCUGCCUGCUGGCGCUGAGUGGCUGCAGCACUUGAGUGUGCUCCUCAGCAGCAGCAGCUGCAGCAUGAGAAGCAGAGCAGAUGCAUGUGCAGGGUUUCUGGGACGCCAACGGCUUCGUCUCCUAUUUGCUGCUGCAGCAAACUCUAGGAACAGAUUGGAAAAGCUUUAUUAG